GGGGGCACCCAUGGGAAGGGGCGGUGACAGGUAAACAAGUCUUUGCCGGCCCCCAGGUGGAAUUUGUCCUCUGUUGCUACUCAGGUCUUGUUGGUUGGACAGUUGAGGAAUCGCUCGAAAAAUGGCAGUACCGGAUCAUCUCACGAAAAUCUUCAAGUACAUUGAUAGCAACAAGAGUCGCUUCAUUGACGUACUACGGGAAGCUGUAGCCAUAAAAUCUGUUUCAGCAUGGCCUGAGAAGCGCCCAGAAAUCAAGAAGCAGAUGGAAUGGGCCAAGGCAAAGUUAGAAGCUCUGGGUGCCAAGUGUGAUUUACAUGAAAUUGGCCAACAGACACUCCCAGAUGGCAGUAAGAUACCACUCCCUCCAGUUUUGCUGGGACAGCUAGGAACUGACCCCAAGAAAAAGACUUUGUGUGUGUAUGGGCAUCUAGAUGUGCAGCCAGCCUUGAAGGAAGACGGAUGGGAUACAGAACCCUUCGUCCUCACUGAGAAGGAUGGCAAGUUGUAUGGACGUGGUUCAACAGAUGAUAAAGGACCUGUCAUUGGUUGGAUUCAUGCUGUUGAGGCAUUCCACAAAACUGGUGAGACUGUUCCAGUCAAUAUCAAGUUUGUCUUUGAAGGUAUGGAGGAGUCUGGCUCUGAAGGCUUAGAGGAACUUUUGAGAGCCCAGAAAGACAAAUUCUUGGCUGGAACAGAUUAUGUUUGCAUAUCGGACAACUAUUGGUUGGGGAAAAAUAAGCCAUGCAUCACAUAUGGCCUUCGUGGUAUAUGCUAUUAUUGCAUUGAAGUUGAAUGUUGUCAUAAGGAUCUUCACUCUGGAGUUUUUGGCGGCACUGUCCAUGAAGCCAUGGCUGAUCUUAUUUAUUUGAUGAACACCCUCUUGGAUAACAAAGGAAACAUUCUUAUACCAGGGAUUAUGGAUGAGGUGGUGCCAGUAACAUCAGAAGAGGAAGCCCUGUACAGAGACAUUGAUUUUGAUGUCGAAGAUUACAGGAAAGACCUUGGUCAUCAGAGGCUUAUUCACCAUCAGGAUAAGACAAAGACUUUAAUGGCAAGAUGGAGGAAUCCAUCCCUCUCAUUGCAUGGAAUAGAGGGAGCUUUCAGUGAACCAGGAGCCAAGACUGUCAUUCCACGCAAAGUCAUUGGCAAAUUCUCAAUUAGGAUUGUCCCUAACCAAACCCCAGAAACUGUUAGCAAGAAAGUCAUUGACUAUCUGAAUAAGCAGUGGGAGAAACGGGAGAGUCCAAAUAAGAUGAAGGUAGUAGAACUGGAAGGCAGUGCUCCAGCUUGGCAAGCAGACCCCAACCAUGGUAAUUUCAGAGCAGGAAGACAGGCUUGUCAGAUGGUUUAUGGAAUUGAGCCUGACCUUACAAGAGAAGGUGGCUCAAUUCCUAUUACCAUCACAUUCCAGGAGGUAACUGGUAAAAACGUUAUGCUACUGCCUAUGGGAGCCUGUGAUGAUGGUGCACAUUCCCAGAAUGAGAAAAUCAACAUUCGUAAUUACAUUGAAGGGACAAAACUGCUCGCUGCUUAUCUUAAUGAAGUUGCACACGUGUAAAAUGCAUCUCUUCCAUAAACCAGCCAAUGAUCAAUGAUAAUUGAUGAGUGUAGCUGAAGAUAAAACUUGUUGCAGAAAUUCUUCAAAGCCAAAGCCUUCAAGUUGAUUGUGAUAUAGACUGUCCAAAAUUGGUUGUAGAGGUAAGCAAUUGACCAAGGGUAUUGCAAAGCAGUAGCAGAUGCUUAGUCUAAAAUGCAACACCAGUGACAGGUAGAUGUUCCUCGCGAGCUGGUUUGCUCAACUCUUCUAAUCUCAGGACUACUUGACCUUAAUUAAUUUUAGUAGAACUGAGUAGUUUAGCAACUUCAGAUAUCCUUCUUUUUUAAAUCCAUAUUUUUAUAAUAAUUUUACACUGACAUGACAAGUUAAUUAUAGCUGGAUAUAUAAAUUUGUCUAGUUUAUGCAGGAUAGUCUUAAUUGUACUGAAUUCAAUAAUUGGGAAUAAAUUUUUUUGCUUAUU